AGUAUGUAAGUAUGUGAACAGGUGCCCAAGUCGAUAGACUAGUACCCCGGAUUAUCAUGCGACAGAGGAAUUCGGCCUAUCUUUAAUAAUAGCGACAGCCCACGGCCAAGUUCAUGCGUUCGUCAUCGCCGAACGCCACAUGCUGAGAUGGCGGUCCUUCUCAUAACGUGGUGUAUAAAGCCAGACUGUCUGCCAUGAAAUGACUUACGGAGUACUGUGCCUAUUAUCUCGCGUCCACGACCAGUGUCACCACCUAUCGAUCCGUGACCACACCUCACGCAAAGAUGUCUCUCCUCCGCGUAGCCGCGUCAGCGCUCCUAGCAGCCUCAUCAGUCGCCGCAACAGGCGUGCUCCUCCCGCUCUACGUUUAUCCAUCAGCAGAGUACAACGACGGCGCAGCGAACUGGAAGCCUGUGGUCGACGCCGCGGCCGCUACCUCCAGUGUUCCCUGGCUCGUCGUGGUGAACCCCGCUGACGGGCCCGGCGGUACCGGCCUUCCCGGCAACGACGACGUGAACUACGUCUCAGGGCUGACGCAGCUGAACGCACUCGCCAACGUGCAGACGAUUGGAUACGUGCAUACGGAGUACGGCACCUCGUCCAUGGACGUACUACAGUCCAAUAUCACGAAGUGGGCGAGCUGGGGCAGUGGCAGCAGUGACACCGCGGUGCAGGGGAUAUUCUUCGACGAGUCGAGCACGAACUCCUUCGAGUAUCUCAACACAGCCACCACAUUCGCGCGGACGGCCUUCGGGAAUCAGCAGAUCACGACAGUAUGCAACUUCGGAUCCGCAGUGAAAGCGACCGAGUUCUACACCAUCUGCGACGUCGUGAUCGUCUUCGAGAGCGCGCUGAACGACCCCAACUACCCCGUGUACGAGAGCACGACGACCAUUGUGGCGAACACACCUGACGCCGGAUACCACGACCAGGCUGCCGUCAUCGUGCACGAUUACGUCGGCACUUCCGCCGACGGCCGCACUGCGGAUACGACGCUGCUGCGGACGUAUAUUCAGGAGGCGAGGGAUACUGACCUGGGCUGGGUGUAUUUCUGCUCGGGAGGUUACAACAGCAUUACGACUAGCCCUGCUACCGUUGCUGCAUUGGCUUCUGCAUUUUAGAUGUUCUCUGUUAGACUAAGGCAUAUAUCUAGGUAUUUACUAACUUACCUAUUCAACUAUCUCUAGUUAGGUAAAAGACUGAAGAAAAACAAAAGCAUAUGUUCAAGUUAGACUUGUCCACGGGGAAAUG